UAAAGGCUGCAAGGAGUAUUUUUCGGAGGAUGCGUCGGUUUGAUGUAGUUUCAUGGACUUGCAUGAUUGCGGGUUAUCACCGAUGUGGGGAUGUUGAAUCUGCGCGUGAACUGUUUGACAGAAUGCCGGAGAGGAAUUUGGUGACGUGGAGUACUAUGAUUAGUGGUUAUUCCCGGAAUAACCGUUUUGACAGAGCGGUUGAGCUGUUUGAGGCUCUUCAGGCAGAAGGGGUGGUGGCUAAUGAGACUGUGAUGGUGGGUGUGAUAUCUUCUUGUGCUCAUCUGGGGGCUCUUGCAAAAGGGGAGAAAGCUUAUGAGUAUGUGAUGAGGAAUGGCUUGAGCUUCAAUCUGAUUCUUGGGACAGCUUUGGUUGAUAUGUAUGCAAGAUGUGGGGAUGUUGAGAAAGCUGUUAAGGUUUUUGAGCAACUGCAAGAAAAGGAUGUGCUUUGUUGGACAGCUUUGAUUGCUGGAUUGGCCAUGCAUGGUUACGCAGUGAAAGCACUUUGGUAUUUUUCAGAGAUGCUGAAAACGGGGAUGGCUCCUAGAGACAUUACUUUUACUGCAGUGUUGGCAGCUUGCAGCCAUGGAGGAAUGGUUGAAAGGGGUUUGGAGAUAUUCGAAAGCAUGAAAAGAGAUCAUGGGGUGGAACCAAGAUUGGAGCAUUAUGGAUGUAUGGUUGAUCUUCUUGGUCGUGCGGGAAAGUUGGGAGAGGCAGAGAAGUUUGUUCUUGAAAUGCCUGUGAAGCCAAAUGCUCCAAUAUGGAGAGCACUUCUAGGAGCUUGCAGGGUUCACAAGAAUGUAGAAGUUGGGGAAAGG